UGAACUAUCUCGAACGUUAGUUUAGCUAUUUACGAAAUCUUCCUAUCGAUUCUUACUCAGAAGUCCGUCCCCGAAUCUUGAUCGGCCUCAAGCACGCCAACAUAAUGCUGGUACGCAAAAGCCGUGAAGGUAAAAUGAGUGAACCUAUCGCGGUGAAGACUAACCUUGGCUGGGUCGUUUAUGGUGUUCAAUCAACGGUGGAUUCCAUGAAUACUAGUCACACCUACCAUAUCUGCACUUGCAGUGAGUCGGAUGAUACGAAACUCCAUCAAAUAGUGAAAAAUUAUUUCUCACUGGACAGUGCAGGAAUCAUCAAGCAAGAACGCACAUUGUUAUCCAGAGAAGAUGAGCAAGCUGUGGCGCUUCUGGAAUCCCGUACUCGCUACAACGGCGAACGGUUCGAAACCGGAUUACUGUGGCGAUCAGAUGGUAUCCGUCUACCGAAUAACAGAUCAAUAGCAGAUCGGCGUUUUAAAUGCUUGGAAAAUCGCAUGGAUAGAGAUAAGGAACUGGCGAAGGUCCUACACGAAAAAAUGGCAGACUACCGAACGAAGGAUUACAUUCGGAAGUUAUCACCGGAAAAGCUCGCCGAAAAUCACGAGCGUGUGUGGUAUCUUCCUAUCUUUCCUGUCAGCAAUCCCAACAAACCAGGAAAGAUAAGGAUUGUAUGGGACGCUGCAGCCGCAGUUCACGGAGUUUCCUUGAAUUCUGCGUUGCUCACCGGCCCGGACCAGUUGUCGUCAUUGGUUGGAAUUCUGUACCAGUUUCGAGAACAUAGAAUCGGUAUUUGCGCAGAUAUCCGGGAAAUGUUCCACCAGGUGAGGAUUCUUCCUGAAGACCAACACUGUCAACGGUUUCUCUGGCGUGAUGAUCCCGAGCAAUGUGAGCCGAGCAUCUACGUAAUGCAAGUAAUGACAUUUGGUGCCUGCUGUUCGCCAAGCGCUGCCCAGUUCGUGAAGAAUCGGAAUGCGGAGCGGUUUCAAAAUGUGCACCCAGAGGCGGUGGCGAUAAUCAAGUACAAACAUUAUGUGGAUGAUAUGGUGCUGAGUACGCAGACGGUGGAAAAAGCUAUCGAGUUGGCUACAACAGUGCGAUUCAUUCACGAGCAGGGUGGAUUUGAAAUCCGCAACUGGGUGUCUAACUCACCGGAAGUGUUGGCCAAAAUCAACGGCAUAACGGUAACUGAGAAAAAUUUGGAUUUAACCUCGGAGCUGGCGAGUCAAAAGAUUCUCGGUAUGUGGUGGGAUACCCAAGCCGACACCUUCAAGUAUAAGAUCUGUUGGUCCCGAUUUGAUAGUGAUCUUUUAGAAGGAACCCGGCGUCCGACGAAACGUGAGAUACUGAGGACGUUGAUGACCAUUUACGAUCCUCUAGGGCUUAUCGAACAUUUUAUGGUUUUGUUGAAGAUUCUUCUACAAGAAGUGUGGAGGGCUGAUGUAGGAUGGGACGAAUCAAUUCCCCAGGCACAGUUCGAGAAUUGGCAAGUUUGGCUGAAGUUGCUUCCGGAAUUAGAGAAACUGCAAAUCUCACGAUGUUACCAGCGGAAUACAACUGUGGACGAAGAAACCAUCGUAGAAAUGCACACGUUUGUUGACUCCAGUGAAACAGCAAUGGCAGCUACGGUAUAUCUACGCUUUGUCAGGAACGGUGAUGUGGAAUGCACGCUUGUGGGAGCUAAAACCCGUGUGGCACCAAUCAAGUAUACGUCCAUCCCAAGAUUGGAGCUCCAGGCUGCAGUAAUAGGGUGCAGGCUAGCUUCCAGUAUAAAAAAGAACCUGAACUUCAAAAUCUCGAAGCACGUUUUCUGGACGGACUCGCGGAACGUCCUCUGCUGGUUGCGCUCCGACCACAGACGAUACAGUGUGUUUGUCGCGUCGAGAGUUGGCGAAAUCCUGGAAUCAACAGAUCUGCAAGACUGGAGAUGGGUGCCUACUGGUUCCAAUGUGGCUGACGAUGGAACUAGAUGGAAAACCCGACCGGAUUUGACAUCAGAAAGUAGGUGGUAUAUGGGCCCCGCGUUCCUGAAAAAGUGUGAAGCAGAAUGGCCGGUCCUUCCCAUCAAAACUGUCUCUACCGAGGAGGAGCUACGACCGAGAAUAUUAGUUCACUGUCUAGCACCGGCAUCAGUGAUCGACGUUGGGAGGUUUUCGAGUUGGCGUACAAUGAUAGCGGUGACAGCCUGGGUAUUCCGGUUCUUUUCAAACCUCCGCCAUCGAAUCAGCGGAGAAUCAACAACGUCAGGGCCAAUUGCAAGCGAAGAGCUGCGUCGAGCCGAACAGUAUCACUUCAAGCAAGCUCAACGGGAGGUCUACCAGAACGAAAUCACUGUUUUAAAAACAUGUGAUAGUAACGGAACGUACAAACACCUUCAAAAAAGCAGUCCUUUAUACAAGCUGAGCCCGUUUGUAGAUGAAUUCGGUGUCCUGAAAAUGAGAGGGAGAACGGGAACUUGCACAUACUUACACGCCGAUGCAAGAAAUCCAACAAUUCUACCACCAAACCAUCCGAUAACGUCGCUGCUUCUCCGCUAUUAUCAUGAAAGGUACCUGCACCGCAAUCACGAGAUUGUUGUGAAUGAAGUCCGUCAAAAAUACCGCAUCUUCCGUCUUAGACCGGCCCUUGCAAAAAUCCGAAAAAAUUGCCAAUGGUGCAAGAACCGCGAUGUACUUCCUCAGCCUCCGGAAAUGGCAGAUCUCCCAGAAGCUAGGUUGGCAGCGUACACUAGACCUUUUGCUCACGUGGGGAUUGAUUAUUUUGGACCAAUUGAAGUAUCUGUGGGUCGGAGGAUCGAGAAGCGAUGGGGAGUUUUACUGACCUGUCUGACAACCAGAGGGGUCUAUAUUGAAGUAGCUAGCACUCUAACGACUAACUCUUGUAUAAUGGCCAUUAAAAACUUCAUUGUACGGAGGGGAACGCCAGUCAGUUUCUACAGCGACUGUGGCACUAACUUUGUAGGCGCUAGCAAGGUGCUUCGAGAAGCCUUGCGCGAAGUUGACCGACACCAGUUGAUGCGAGAGUUCGUGACACCAACUACGUCCUGGCACUUCAACCCACCUGCUUCGCCCCACAUGGGUGGAAUCUGGGAGCGCCUAAUACGGUCGGUAAAGCGCAAUCUGAUGGAAGUCCUUGCAGUGAAGCACCCUACUGACGAGGAGUUGCGGAAUGCGUUGACGGAGAUAGAGGGUAUACUCAAUUCGAGGCCACUAACGCAUGUUCCCAUCGAAGACGAAGCAGCUGCAGCAUUGACACCAAACCAUUUUAUUUUGGGGUCAUCGGAUGGAUCUAAACCGCUAACCCUGAUUGAUGACGACAAAGCGAAUCUACGGCGGGGAUGGCCAACAUCUCAGUGGUUGGCCAAUCUUUUCUGGAAGCGCUGGAUCAAAGACUACCUCCCUGAAAUAUCCCGGCGCACGAAGUGGUACGAAAAGGUAAAGCCAUUAGAAGUUGGAGAUAUCGUGCUCAUCGUCGACGUCGACAACCCGAGGAACUGUUGGCCAAAAGGAAAAGUUAUCGGUGUGGUGUCCAGUGGUGGCCAGACGCGUAAAGCGACGAUACAGACUAGCAGCGGUGUUUAUGAAAGACCGGUGGUGAAGCUGGCGGUAUUGGAUGUCCGUCGCGGAGUCGAGUAAGGUGGACCGAUCGGAUCAUGCGGUCCGCUUACGGGGGGGAGUGUUACGCCUCUCAGGCUGAGCGCACCUUAACAUCCAAUUGCCUCUUCGAAUCUUGUUCAGAGUUUUGAGUUCAAUGGAUGGAAAUAGGGGAAAAAAGGAAACUAUAGCAACCAUUGUUAGAAGGAAAAAUCUAGUAGGCAUUGUUGAAAAGAAAAUCGAGAUAGUUAGAAAAGAGAGUAGCAAGUGCGAAGUGCGAAGAUUUUCAAUGAAAAUUAAAUUAUUUGAAAUUCUAGAUCAGGUAAAAGAAACAAAAUUAUUUGAUUUUGAAUUCGAGUUAAAAAUUAAUUCAUUCAUAGAUUAGCACCAAGCAUACACCUAGCCUCAGUUAAAUGAUUCUACUGCUAAGUGAUUUAUCUACUAUAAAGGGUAAGCACUUAAGUUUACUUAAAUUAAACCUUAACUUAUUUCUAACAUUAUACUUAAAAUAAAUAGGCUAGUUAAAAAGCGUAUUGAAUACACCUGAGGAGGCUUCCUGAUAGAACAGGCAACAGGAGUCACUAAAACGAAAUUUUAAUAUACCCAGCAAAAAUAGUGGUGAUUUGUUUUUCGGAAACUGCACUCCUGUUGGCGAAGCCAACAAUAUGCCAGAAGUAAACCAAACAACUCGAAAAAUUAUUAUACUUGCAUCGAUGGCUUCCACUUGGUCGAUGCUAUUGACUUUGCUCAGUAAGUUAUAGUAAAAUAGAACUAACGAGCAAUAUUCUUAUUGACUCGACUUCUAUAACGAGGUUCUUCGUCACGUCACUCGCGGUGCUGAAUAAAAUGAAACAUGUUCAACUGAUGAAUUGCUAGCAGUAAAGAGGGUUUUGUCUGGGAUAUGCAAAAAAAAAACAAAUCCAUAUGGCAAGGGGUGAAAUAUUUCUCUGUGUCUUGGCAACUGAAAUGUUUCAUUGUUAUCCGAUGUCACGAACCAGAAAUCGUCUCCUAGUUUCCAGAACAUUCAUGCGAUGUAUAUGCGUUAUUAAAAACAUCAGUA